AUGGUACCGUUUGACGAUGUUGAAGAGGAGUGUAUAGACAAAAGUCCGUACUGUACAGCCAAUGAUUGUAAAGUUCGACCUGGCUAUGCUCUUGUAUACUGUAAGAAGACUUGUGGCAAUUGUGAGCCAUUCUGUUAUGACUCCCAAAUUAUUUCCUGCAAAGAGUCGAGAAAGCGAGAAUGCGAUUCGAUGUUGAAAGAUUACUGUCCAUUGUUGUGUGGAGUUUGUCGAGCAAAGAAGAAAAAGCUUAAGAAAACUAAAGGAGCCAGAUUGAUGUUCACUCCUGUGAGCGCUGCCAAAUUUGAAGUUCUACAGAAAUUUUCUUCUUCGAAGUCAUCGAAGCCCGAUACUUCGGCGAUAAGUACAACAACUCGAGUACCCAUAAUCAUCCCCGCAGUGGUAAGAUCCUCUUCUUUUUCGGAUGGUCCAUCUACAUCCACUCCCAUUUUUAGGUCAUCAACAGAAGAUGGAGAUUCCAAUCCACUCCCAUUCUUGGACACAAGUAGUGCAGAAAGUAGCCCAAUACUUGUAGAGGAGGACGACAAAGAGGGGCUCCAUCCUGCCUUUGGGGAGCACGUCGAACGACUUCCAGAUUCUGACGUAGAAGCUAUGGAUAAUGGUUUCUCUGCGCCCGAGUCUGUGAGAAUUGUGCUAAAACCACCAUGGCCGAGGCGAGAACCUCAGGAGCACUUCUCCAAGUUCCCACACAGUUUAGACAGAUCUUCGAUUCCAAUUUUACCUACUGAAGCAUCAAGGUUUCAUCCAUCAUUACCCCCACCUCGAUGGCUGUUUCCACAUCAGGAAGAAACGCAGUCAUAUCUAGCCUCUCACUCUGCUUUCUUCCCUAAUCGCUACAGCCAGAACGUUUAUGGACAAUUUGGAUCCGGACUUCACUUAGAAAGUUCCGAAGAUGCUCCUGUGAACUUGGGAGAGCUGAUUGCCCUGCUGGGUUUACAGUGUCUAGAUUCUAUCAAAAUCGACUGUAAUAAAGUGCGGCGUCUUGGUGGUUGCAGGUUGCCCAUAGCCGGAGAAUACUGUUCAAAAACUUGUCGACUUUGUGCAUUACCAGCAAGAAUUGCCGAGAGCCUUCCACCGUGCAAGGAUGAGCUGGAUACAUGUGAAAAUCUAGCUGAAAGUGGCGUAUGCGAUCAUCCUUACAGUAAGAAGGCCUUGAGGACCUACUGCGCCAAAAGCUGUGGUCACUGUCGUGAGUCGCAAUAUUAUAUGAACGAUGCAUAUUAUAGGCGAAUGCCUAGGAAGAAGCAAAGGAAACCACCAAAAAUGCCACUAGGAUAG